UGAAGAAGCAAGGUCCAACAAGUUUGAUGUAAAAAUGUAAACUAUAAAAAAUCUUGCAAGAAGUUGAAGUAUUAAUUCCGUUACGUACUGAAUUGGCAUGAAUUUUUGUAAGUUCUUUUUUUCAACAAAACUUUCUACUGUUGUGCCGUGAUACGCAAAUCCCAGGCCUGGAAACACAAUAAACCAUGCUUUUGUUUACACAACAACUCUAAUCUAGAGCCUAGCGUUUAGUAUAUUGACUCACCGUCGUAGGAUUGCAAAGAAUUUCCUUCCUUCUUGUCAGUUGUGCAUUGUGUCAAACGGAAAGUUUUUUCCAUAAUGGUUUCCAUCCGUGAUAUUAGGAAUCCUUACAGUGUACUAAUUGAAGACGUCGUGAAACUCCAUUUAGCUGCGUUGACAGAAAAAGAGUUGAAAGAUGUUGUAGAACACUUUCGAGACCAAAUCCAAUCAAAUCGCGUGAUUGGCUACAUCAAGGACAUCUAUUCUCUUGUAACAGUGUUGGAAGCUAGGAAUGUCUUGAAUUCUCAGAAUGUGGAUGCUCUGCUGGACAUUUCAAAGAUUAUCAAUCGACCCUUAGCUGCUCAAAGAAUCCAAGAUUACAAAAAACAAAAAGAACUUGUUUUGCAUCCUACUUUACCAAAGAUAGCUCCACCUCCACCACUAUGUAUUGAAUCUGGUCAACAGAUUUCUAGAGAAAAAUUGAUAGAUAAAGUGUUUGCAGAAAUUGCUAAACUUCUUGGUCGGGAUGUCAGCAGUUUUGCAAGGGCUCUUCCCUUCGACUUGAGUGAAAACGAACUGCAAAAUUUGAGGGGCCAAAGCAAGAGUAAUCUGGAAGAAGCUACUCUAAAGGUAUUGAAGCUAUUCAGAGAAAGAAGUCCUAAUAUUGAUCACAUACAGUCUGUAAUGCAAGCAUUGAAUAUCAUAAAACGCGGUGAAAUCAGAAGAAAAAUCGAAUCUAUUCUUUCAGCCAAUGCAAUAUGUUCAUAAGUGUCUUAUCAUAUGAUUAUCUUCAGUCACAUGUCAUGAUUAUGUCUCUCUUGUUUGUCCAAUUUUACCUUUUUAAAAUGUACAUGUAACGAUUUGCUCCCGUCAUUACAUUACAACUGAUAUGUGAUAUGAAGUUGGUAAUUACCAGACAAUGGCUUUACCUAAACAUUCUAAAACGUGCUUCCUCUUGCCCCUAAGAAUGUACGUUCUGAACACAAUAAAACUGAAGUAUAAUUAUCGAA